AUGACGGAGUGGCAAGAUUGCGCCCUCCUGCCUUUGAACUACUCGAUGAUGUUGACUCGUCUGCGCCACUCGAUGGAGAUGAAGGAUCGUUCUCUGGCGCGUUUUCGCCUUGCCUACGCUGCAGACGCGGGGAUGAACGAGUGGGAGGCGACAUGCUCGAAUCCCUCGACAAAGGUGACGAGGCUUCACUGCUGACUUCCUCCAUACCUCCUCCCCGUGCACGCGAGGUAGGGACCACCUCUACGACCGAGCUGGAGCUGCUGCCGGAGUCGCUCUCCUUUCCGGUCGCACUGUUGUCCAUGCGACCACUCAGGGACGCCCCCUCCUCCUUCUCCUCCUACCCACUCACAGACGGCCGGGCUCUUGCCGCCUGGGCUCCUGCCGCCUCCCGCUGAGUCGCGAUCGUCUCUCCUCCUCCAGAGGCCCUCCUACCUCGAUCAAAGAUCCAGUUCAAAAUAAAACGCGAGCUUCUCUUCCGCCGCACGCGGGCACCAAGACCUUCUCGCGCGCCCGAAUACCAACCCAACAACUGCACACACGUUGCCGUGAAAGAAACCCCAGUCUCCGCUGCUCAGCCUUCUGCGCAGGGAGCGCUUGAUUGCGUGUGCUCGUACGUGCCGCGUCAUCCCGUGUACUCGACGGAAAAAGUUGCCGG